AUUUAGGAUAUGAGGUUCUAAUCAUGUUACAUCUUGCAGAUGAUAGUCUAGAAUGUGUUAUUUGGAUGGAGGAUGAUCACAGGAAUUUCAUAACUUUCAUACCUCCACAUGUUGAUCCUCCUAUUAAUUGGUAUGGUUUCAAUUGUCACGGUAACGGUCAAAAGAACAGAAUUGCAACCUUGAAUACAUUAGAUAAUUCUACGACAUAUUGGGUUCAUGCUGGUUUAAAUGAUUGGAAAUACACAGAAAGAAUCCGUGGUGGAUAUAAUGAAAAUAAGUGUUUCGAUUUACAUGGUGUUACCUCAUUCAAAUGGUAUUUUGAAGAAAAUGAUUACAAUUAUUGCAAAAGCGUAAGAGAUGGGAAUUAA